UUUUUUAGAAGUCGACGUGCUCCAUCGAAAUGAAACCGAAAGCGGCUGCUACCACGCGGAUUGCUGCACUUGGAAGCAGGCUGCAUCGUCGUGAAAAUGCGGAGAAAGAGUUCAGCACUUCGCAAAGCUUUUGCGGUGACUUUGGCACUCGUCGCGGACGCCUGCCUGGUUCACGGCACCGCACCUCUGGUGCGCGCGGGGAGUUUACUUUGGCUGUCGGUCUGGCUGCUCGCGCUUAUUCGGUGUUGUUUGGCGCUGACUGCCGUCUACCUUCUUAACCUCGGGCAAGUUCCCCCGGCGCCGGCUCGUUUCCUCGCCUUGCACAGCGCGCUCCCCGCCGCCCUGGAGAGCCUGGCCGCCGCCGUGGGUCUCGGCGACCACCCGUGCGGCGCGAUGUCGGCUGCAGGAGUCGCGCGCUGCUGGAUGAUGUGCGCCGGAUUAUCUCUGGCCGCCGCCUUGUUUUGGGAAGGCUGGCUUCUCGACUCGCGUGGGGCGAAAAAGAACCGACAAAAGCUUCGAGUUUUGUUCAUGAGGGUGGUUCGCAUGUACAGGCCGGACUUGGCUUUGCUGCUGGGAGGAUUUGGCUUUCUCACCCUGGCUGCUGUCUGUGAGAUCCAGAUCCGGUUUUACACGGGCAAGGUGAUUGACAACCUGAGAGACAAUUAUGUGCCAGAUGAAUUCUUGUCAGCGCUGCUUCUCAUGGGCGUGUUCUCAGUGGGAAGCUUGUUGGGCACAGGUGGCAGAGGGGGUCUCCUUAUGUGGGCCAUCAACUCUUUCAUGUGCAGAGUGAAAGGAAAGUUGUUUCGAGCUCAGACCAAACAGGAAAUUGCAUUUUUCGACACCACAAAGAUCGGUGAGCUCACUUCCUUGCUUUCUAAAGACAUCCCCCUGAUGGCGCAAACGGUUUGUCUGAACAUCAACGUUCUGCUGAGGACCCUCAUAAAGUCGGUGUACACGCUGAUCUUUAUGUUGGACCUUUCAUGGACACUGACGUGUUUAGUUCUCAUGGAGGUCCCCGUCACUAGCCUCAUACAGUACAUCGCCGACAAACACUGCCAGCGGUUGACGCAGGCCACGCAUGACUCCAUGACCGCGGCAAAUGAAACGGCCAAUGAGAUCCUCUCGGCCGUUCGGACAGUGCGCAGCUUCAACGCCGAGAAACACGAGGCCCGUCGCUAUGACAACAAGCUGUCGGAGACGCACAGGCUCAAGAGCCGGCGGGACACUCUCAGGGUUGUCUCUCUUCUGGUGCAAAGGCUGACAGGUUUGGCUAUUUAUGUGCUGAUGUUGUGGUACGCCAGGCUGUUCAUCCAGAGGGGCCACAUGACCAUCGGUAACCUGGUCUCCUUCAUCCUCUACCAGUCAGACAUCGGACACAAUAUCAGGACUCUGAUCUACAUCAGCAGCCACAUGGUGAACUCGGUGGGUGCGGCCGGUAAAGUCUUUGAGGUUCUCGAUCGACAGCCUCAGAUCAGGACUGACGGGGAACUCGCACCCGAUUGGCUCGCAGGACACGUCAUCUUCCGCCAUCUCAAAUUCACCUACCCGGCACAUCCCGACGUAGCGGUGCUGCAGGACUUCUCUUUGGAGCUGCCAGUGGGUCAGAUAACGGCACUGGUGGGUGUGUCCGGAGAGGGAAAAAGCACCUGCGCCAGUUUGCUCAAGCGCUUGUACGAGCCGCACGGUGGACAAAUCCUCUUGGACGACGUCGAGCUGGAGUUGUACGACUGCCGCUAUCUCAGCAAAAAGAUUGCAGUGGUCAGCCAAGAGCCGGUGCUCUUCUCCGGUUCCAUCAGAUACAACAUCGCUUACGGCCUUGCGGACUGCUCUCUGGACGCCAUCCAGAAGGCGGCCUUCCAGGCCAACGCCCACGACUUCAUCACACAGCUGAAGAAGGGCUACGAUACCGAGGUUGGUGAGGGGGGCAGUCUGCUGUCCAAGAGCGAGCGGCAACGUGUGGCCAUUGCUCGAGCGCUUGUGAGGCAACCACGAGUUCUCGUCCUGGACGAAGUAACCAGCUCCCUGGAUGAGCAUAGCCAAAACAAGGUCCUGCAGGAUCUGGUGAGGCCUUCUGACCGAACCGUACUGCUGAUCACACACAAUCUGAAGAAUAUCGAGACGGCCGACCAGAUUGUGGUGAUAGGCGCGGGCAGUGUUCAGGAGCGAGGAACCCACUGCCAGCUGAUGGAAAAGAAUGGGAUGUACUGUAAAAUGAGAGAGACGCUCGCCACCGCUGGAAGCUAACUCCUUCAGAAGCACUUUUUUUCUUUUUUUUUCUCUGUGUGUUUAUUUUGCUUACUCAAUUUCAUUGGAUUUUAUGUAGGGACUUUAUCUGAUAAUAAACAUUAAGCUCGCUAUUAUCUGUAUAUGUGAAUAUUUUGAAUAAAGUUGUCAAUCAAUCAAUCAA